CCGCGGGCCCAAGGCAGCCUGAGCUGGGGCGACGACGGCCCGGCCUGCCUCGUCGUCAGCGACUUCGGCUGCCCGCUCUCGUCCUGCCACCGCACCGACCCGCUCCGCCGCCUGCACGCCCACCGGUGGAACUUGACGUCGUGUGGCACAAGCGUUGCCAGUUCUGAAUGCAGUGAAGAAUUGUUUUCCUCUGUCUCGGUCGGUGACCAGGAUGAUUGCUUCUCUCUCCUGGAUGAUCAGGAGUUAACAUCUUUUGAUUUGUUCCCAGAGGGCAGCGUCUGCAGUGAUGUCUCGUCCUCUAUCAGCACAUAUUGGGAUUGGUCUGAUAGUGAGUUUGAAUGGCAGUUGCCUGGCAGUGACAUUGCAAGUGGAAGUGAUGUGCUUUCCGAUAUCAUACCCAGUAUUCCGAGCUCUCCAUGUCUGCUUCCGAAAAAGAAAAACAAACACAGAAAUCUUGAUGAGCUCCCAUGGAGUGCAAUGACCAAUGAUGAACAGGUUGAAUACAUUGAAUACCUGAGUCGUAAAGUCAGCACAGAGAUGGGGCUUCGAGAGCAGCUCGAUAUUAUUAAAAUUAUUGACCCCACUGCUCAAAUUUCACCUACAGACAAUGAGUUUAUAAUUGAGCUCAACUGCCUCACUGAUGAAAAGCUGAAACAGGUCCGCAAUUAUAUCAAAGAGCAUGGCCCUCGGCAACGGUCUGCGAGAGAGAAUUGGAAGCGGAGCAGCUACAGUUGCGGGAGCGCCAGCGGGGUGAGCGGCGUCAGUGCUAGCGCCAGCAGCAGCGCCAGCAUGGUCAGCUCAGCCAGCAGUACCGGUUCCAGCGUUGGCAACUCGGGCUCAAACUCCAGCACCAACAUGAGCCGGGCUCACAGUGACAGUAACUUAUCUACAAGUGCUGCAGAACGAAUCAGAGAUUCAAAAAAACGUUCAAAGCAACGCAAGCUUCAACAAAAAGCUUUGCGCAAGAGGCAGCUGAAGGAGCAAAGGCAGGCGCGGAAGGAGAGACUGAGCGGUUUGUUUCUGAACGAAGAGGUGCUUUCUCUAAAAGUGACUGAGGAAGACCACGAAGGAGAUGUGGACGUCUUGAUCGGAUCAUCACUGAAAUACAAUUUUACCAGCAGCCCUUUUUGAACCAGACGAAACUGUAAUUCCAGCUGUCUCGAAGUUCUUCUGCUUUACUUCACAAUCGUGGCUGCUCAUUCCAAAGACUGCUAUGGGGGGAGAGAGAGAAAGCGUGUCUUGUCAGCUCCAUUUUUAUCACCGAUAUC